AUGACACCAGAUGAAGAGUCUCUUCUUGAAUCACAGUGGACAGAAAUUCAAAAGCCACAUACUAGGACAUCAUCAAGACAAAAACACGAGCACAUUAUUCGUUAUCGACGUUGGCUUGCAUUUUUAAUUGCCUUUGGAAUUCUGUUGACAUUGAUACUUUUAUUGGCUGCUUCAUACUUUAUGCAUGUAUAUUCAAACGAAAAUCCUCAAAAAGACUUUCCUGAUUCAGCAAAUCCAAUCUGUUUACUGCCUAUACUGACGGGAGUUGACUGUCAAGUUCACACACAACAUUGGGGUUGGGAUUCACAAACACACAGUUGUAAACAAUUCAUCUAUGGAGAAUGUAAUACUAACAAGAAUAACUUUUUAUCAAAAGAAAAAUGUGAAGAAGCGUGUAAAAUUCGAAUUAAUGUAUGA